AUGAACUUCAACAUCAUUCUCGCUCUUGCCACCAUCAUUGCCUGCGCAGAAGCACGUCCCAUUAAUAACUGUCCAUCGAACGUUGGUGCAAGAGACAGCUAUGAUCUCGCAAAGCCGACCUUGGAACGGAAUGAUACACAAUCGUGGUACAGGGACAGUACGGCGCGGCUGAAGCAUGGGACGAAGCCGAUGACCCCUGAAGAGUCGUCACUUUGCUCUCUUACCACCGAUUCGGAUUCAUUUAGUUCUCGAUUGUUCGGAAGCCUAUCAUACAGAGAAUGCUGCCGACAGGCUCCUCAGACGCCGAAAAAGUCUCUCGCAUUCCUGCGUACCGUGGGUACUAUCGACCACCGGCAUAUCUACUUCUCCGUCCAGCGUCAAACGAAAUGGCUUGACACACCUCUUAACUUGGAGUACGAGCAAGUAAAGCCUUGUACAGCUUUCAUCGGUAACUCCGGCCUGACGGGUCUGCUGCUUCCUAUGGUGUCGGGCUUCCUCAACGCAUCAUGGAAAGUGAAAAUGGUAUUGUUCGGCCUGGAGGCCAUCAUGACAGUUUCGCUCCGUAAUGCGAUGAGUGGAACAAGUGACACUUGUGCGACCAUCCUGCCUUCUCCAACGAGGCCCUCUCAGGCAUAUCUCGCUCUAUGUCCAUAUUCAUCCUCUGAUCACGUUGUCGACCACAAAAGCACGGACGCACUCCACAAGCUGAACAUGAUCUUCAACAUCAUUCUCGCUCUUGCUACCAUUAUUGCCGGUGCCCAAGCACGUCCCAUUGAUAACUGCGAGGGUAACGUUGACACGAGAGCCAACUACGAUCUUACAAGGCGUAUCGGCGGGAGUGGAGCAUCGUACUUCAUUGCCAGUCCUGACACUGACAAGAACCCUGAGAAGCUGUUACAAGGAACGAUAUCUCACGAUUUUAUUCAGGCGGAAGCUGCAAUGGCCUUUACACUUUUGCCGAUGCAGAGACCGCAGCCGAUGAAGUCUGAAGAGUCGUCACUUUUACCCGAUGCAGAGCGUAAUGAAAGGCCCUUGCUACGGAUUCAGACUCUUCCAGUUUUCGAUUUCUCGCAUGAGCAGAAGGCCAUCCGCCGUGCUGUGUACUCGCUAUCGGGUGAUUGGGACACGGGAUUCGUGGCACUGUUCUUGGAGGGCAUCCAGUACACGUCUCUAGAAGGCGAUUGCUGCGACCCUGGAGGCCCUUCAAACCGUCGCUCUGGCCAGAGUACACUCUCUACAGUAAUUCCUGUGGGAUUGAAUCCUAACCAGAAAUUGGGCUCAGAGUUUUUGAGCGCAUCUGAAGUCUCAAGGAAACCCUUUGACUUUUGUGAGGUGCUGCAAACAAUAUUAGCGACAAACUGUGUCAAUACGCACCUGAUUUCUGGGGCGUCCGACCGUCUCGGAACAUUACAACUGGGUACUCAGCUGCUAAAGCGACCGUUCGUUCUGUACUGCGUGCGCCUUUACUUUCGAGCCCGAGCUUACUCUAGUACAAAGGACUCAGAGCUGGUAUAUAAGGCUGGGUCGUUCUUGAUGGGUAACUGUGUCAUGAACUACAAGAUCAUCCUCGCUUUUGCCGCUGUCAUCUGCACUGGUGUUCAGUCCAGCCCCACUGGCACCAAUGACAUUGUGGCGAGGGACAGUCUUCCGAAACGUAAGUAA